AAAUUCUGUCAUAAUUUGUGAAAAAUCUAUUGGGCUUUUAGUACGUCUGCUCACAGAAGUUUUUUUUCCAAUUCUCUAAUUAACUAGUAACAAAUAGAAAAAAAUGAAUUCUGCUAAAGUUCUUAACUUGUCCAGGGUUGUAGUCCGCAGUCUUACUACCACUGCUCCACGCCGUGCCGUCACUAAAGGUGAAGUUGAAAAGGGUUAUUUUGAGCUAAAGAAAGUGCAGGAACAUUUCCAAAAGCACGAUGGCAAGCCAGUGUUUCUUAAGGGCUCAUUUGCCGAUCAGCUCCUCUACCGUUUAACCGUCGCCUUGAGCUUGGCCGGAAUUGGUGGUAUGGCGAAGUUGUUCUACGACUUGAGCGUUCCCCAAAGCCAAGAAUAAAUGCAACAACCGGAUGUAUAAUUAAUGUUUUAAAUUAAGAUGUUAAAUUGUAAAAACAUAUAGCGAUUCUGGUAGUAUAUGUAUGUUUCCCUGUUUUUUGUGUUGUCUAAAUGGUAUGAUGGUGUAUUAUAUUUCCUCUUGUGGUAACCAUUUCAAAUAUAAAUGUUUUGUGUAAAACGCUAAACAUUCACAUAAAUGCAUUUAAAACAUGGAAAUAUACGAUAUACAUUAUAAAAAAAA